AGGCAAGGGGUGUAGGUAGGUGUGUGUGUGUGGGAGCACUACGGUAUUACUAGGUAGCAGCGGUCAUCAACGCAACCACUCGUCAGGCGCGGGCAGUUGAAUUGUUAUGCGCAGUGGCAGUCAAAUGCCCAAUUGAUUGGAUUGUCGACAGGGAUUAUGCGAAUGUUGUUGUGAUUGCUCAUCUGCAACAUGGUGGCAGGAGAUGGAAAAGAGCGGCAUCGAUCGUUAAGCUGCUAGAUUUGGGGAGAACAAACACUUGUUGAGGUUGCUGCUGAUGUGGAGGAGGAUGAAGAUGGUGAUGUCGACGCCGGCAUGGAGAUGGUGAUUCGGUAGGUGUGAGUUUCUUGCACAUCGAAUAGAGCAGAGGAGCCCAAAAGUGAGUUGUUGGCGGAGUGGUGUUUAUUCUAUCAGCGGUUUGCGUGCUGUGCAUCGCGCAUCCGUAAAGAGUAUGCGGGUGUGAUGCGUAGGAGGACAACAGGGAUGUCAAAUGAGUGCUUUGGGUGUAUAAGAGGAGAAGAGGGGAGAACGGAGGAGAGGAGAGGAGGGGUACAGUGGUGUUUAUUCUAUCAGCGGUUUGCGUGCUGUGCAUCGAGCAUCCGUAAAGAGGAUGCGGGUGUGAUGUGUUGGAGGAGAAGAGGGAUGUCAAAUGAGUGCUUUGGGUGUAUAAGAGGAGAGGACAGGAGAACGAGAGGAGAGAGGAGAACGAGAGGAGAGGAGAAGGAGAGGAGAGGAGAAGGAGAGGAGAGGAGGGUAUUACUGUGCUCAAAGGUGUAUGUGAUUUCUUGAGGGACGAGAUUCUACGUAGGUACGCGAUCGUUUGCUAGAUUCUUGACUGAUUUGUUGAGAUCGAUCGGCCAAUGUAUCAUCGGACGAUGAUGAUGUGCGAUUGUCGUGGCGGCUGUGAAAGGCGUGGCCACCUUAUAGCCUCUCUCUAGGUUAUAUGGCGCUCGUGGAGGGAAGAGCUUUCAACAUGGGUAAAGUUUUGGUUGAAGGCUGAUAGGUGCAGGUUACCUGGUUAUUUAUUUAUUUAUUUGUUUAUUUAUUGACUCUUGGAAAUCCAAUGGUACUACGGUCUUAUGCGUGGAAGAAGAACGCGUGUACGGUCCCUUCUGCGUGGAAGGGCGUCUUUUCUUUGCUCUACUUGUAAAGAGAGUAAAGCAAUUAAGAAGACCGCAUGCCCACUCGUGGGUUUUCUGUUCGAUUGAAGGAGGAGAGGAUUCUUUUGGAUAGGAAAUAUAUAUGAUAGAAUCGCCCCCGACGAAGAUUAACCCAGACAACGGUGAGCCCCCCGCCUGUCCUUGGCGCCGCCGACUCAGCUAAUCGUAUUGUCUAUACGUUUAUUGAUCGUCUUUGUGUUCCCUGAUUGGCUGGCUGGCUGGCUGGCUGGCUAUGGAGCCGAUGAGAGACGCCAUCGUAGCCGAUCUGCCUGUCGAGGUGAUUACCAAGAUCUUCUCUUUGCUGCCGAUCGAGGAUCGCUUACGUGUCCUUCCUCUGGUGUCCCGUUCGUGGCGCUCUCUGGCACGGCUGCCCGAUUGCUUCCGCGAGGUCGAUGCCGCCUCUUGGUGCGAGGGCCGCGUUCUGUCCAUCGUGAGCGAUGCGACGUCGGAGGAAUUCUUGUUGCCGUCAUCGGGAGAAUGCAGUCACCCACAGGAUGAGCUUGUGAAGCACGUGCUGGAGCUCGGCGAUGGCAAUCUCUCCGUCCUACGCGUGAGCCACUGCAGCGUCUCUUCGAUCGAAGCGCUGUCGAGCAGAUGCGAUAACCUUAUCCAUUUAGAGAUACGGAAUCAGCACAAGGGAUCGAUCGACUGUGCACUGGGAGAGGUGGUGAAGAGGUGUCGAAACCUUAGGCACUUGACGCUGAACCCGUUGUAUUAUGAGUGCGCGGGAAUGGCAUCUGUCAUCACGAACGCGUCUCUCGUGGCAAUUGCCGACAACUGUCGGGAUCUUGAAGAGUUGGACGUGAGCGGCUGUCGCGGUGUCACACGAUCUGGCCUCGUUGCCGUGGCUCGCGGAUGCAAGCGCCUGAGGUCGCUUUCGGUCGAUCACUGCAUAGAGAGUGCAGACGCGGAUCUCGUUGCCACGUGUCUUGCAGAGAACUGCCCGCUGCUGGAGAAGAUCAGCUUCGCGCGCUGUUCUGUAGGGGAGAGAGGAGUCGAAGCGCUCUCGCAGGGCUGCUCUCUCUUGCGCCGCGUCAAUCUGUCUUGUUCGCAGGACCUGACACGUGUCUGGAGCUCCUCUGUCGCUCGCUUGCCCAACCUCACCGAGCUGAUCGUCGCCGAGAACCGGUGGUUUAGCGACGACCACUUGAAGUCGUUGGCUGCCGCCGAUUGCGGCCGGCGAUUGGCGGCCGUUGAUCUACGGCUGACGGGAGUUUCCGACGUCGGGCUCGUGCCGUUCGUCGACACGUGUCGGGCGCUGAAGGCCAUCGAUGGCUCGUGGUGCGAAAUCGGCGAUGCAUCGAUGAGAGCGAUCUGCGAGUGCUGCAAGGACCUGGAGACGUUGAGAAUGGUCUUGACCUCAAUGACGGACGACUGCCUCGUAGGAAUCGCGCAGAAUCUCAGACGGCUCACGUCUCUGCAUUACGUGCCACGUGACCAUUGCCGAACGCUGCGCAACUCGGGGGCGAGGAUAGGGACCGAAUUGGUUUUCCGUAAUUGCUCACGCAUCCGCUCGCUGGGAUUUGGAGUGACGGAUCUAGAGGCGUCGCCGCCGCCAAAGCAGCAACCUGGGGCUAAUUUCCACCAGCAGCAUGUGGUAGUCGUCGGGGGGAUGGAGAAUGCCGCUCCGUCUGGAACUAGUACGACUACUUCGUGUCCUUGUUGUUGUGCAAGUAGCAGCAGCAGCAGCAGCAGGAGGAGGGUCGUGCAGAUGGCCGCGUCGACGGCCACGAAUCUGGCAGGUCGGAAUUGUCGUUCUCAUUCUCCGCCGGCGAAUACGAGCGGGGCGUGUCAGCAGGGAGGGGCGUUGGACAGGCGGGAGGAGGGGUUGGCGUCGGUGGUGCGGUGCACGGCGGCGGAAGGGUUGCGCGAUGAUGACGUCAACGCCCGAUAUAAUCGCAGCGCGGGGCCGAACACCGGGUUUUACUCGUACACGUUGUUUCGGGCCGUGGCUCAGUUGGGAUCGGUACUGGAGGAGGUGCUUCUCCGCGGGCCGCUCGUCGGAGGCGGGUUUGUAGAUCUGAACGGCCAGCUAUGCUCCUUCGCGAGGAGAUGCCCUAACGUGAAAGCAGUUGCCUUUCACGCACUGCCUUCGCUUACCGACGAGACGGUGGUGGCGCUUGCAGCGGCUUGGCCGUUGCUAGAGAGGGCAGAUUUCGUAGACUGCCAACAGGUAACGAGUGCAUCGCUCAAGGCACUCGCUUUCCGAUGUCGCUCAUUCCGCUGGCUUCGGAUACAGAAUUGCCGAGGGGUGGGAUCGCGCGUCUUGUAUGGAGAUUUGCGACGAGGAUUGCCGUCCUCCAGAGAGGUAUUCCUCUCCGCUAACGGCACUGUAUAUUCUUGAAGAGGAGAACCUACCUAAGCUAUUGCUAGGGGUGUGUGUGUGUGUGUGUGUGUGUGUGUGUGUGUGUGUGUGUGUUUCACACACACAAAGAAAACGAGAGAGAGAGAGAGAGAGAGAGAGAGAGAGAGAGAGAGAGAGAGAGAGAGAGAGAGAGAGAGAGAGAGAGAUCCUCUCCGCUUACGGCAUUGUAUAUUCUUGAGGAGAACGUACUUGAAUGCUAGUGCGAGGUGUGUGUAUGUGUGUGUUUCACACACAAAGAAAGCGAGCAAGCGAGAGAGAGAGAGAGAGAGAGAGAGAGAGAGAGAGAGAGAGAGAGAGAGAGGAUGGGCCGACGCUGGGGAAGAAGAGGGGGAAAUGGCGCGACUGGCAGGGGAUGUAGGUCUGUUGUGAGAAUUGUAGAUGGGAGACAGGCGAAAAAAUGUGUUGCGUCGGAUAUGGCGAGUUUGAGAGAGAGGGAAGGGGGGGGGAGAGGGUUUGCAGGGGAGGAGGGAAGGGGAUAAAGAGGGAGGGAGCCUGUACAUAAAUGGUCAUACCGUGUGCCUGAGUUACGUGUACUUGUGCUGAGAGGUUGCAGGCGAAAGCAGUGAGGUGUUCUCCCGAUGGAGUAGUGCGUCUGGUUUGGGAAAGGAAGGCGGAGAGGUAUGUAUUACCAUUAUUAGACAACCAAAGAGAACAAGGACACAGUUGGAAGAGGAAGGGAUCAGGGAGGGAGUUGGACUUCACUUCGCUUGAUUUCGAUUAGUCACGCUUGAGCGCCGCUGCUCUCUCUGUUCGGCCAGUAGUUUUCUGUCGAUGGUGAGGAGGAAGCUCUCUAGUAAAAGCUAUGCUCAUCCUUCGAGUGUCCAUUUUCCUCGACAUGGAGGAGGAAGAUAAGGCGUCCUGCCGUCCUUGUCUGGCGUUCAGUGUGUGAGAUUAGUACAGGGCAAAUUGAACUGGUGGUUUUGGUGUGUACCGCUUUCUCUCCGACCGACGGGAAGAAAAGAAAGUAGAUGAACGGCACCAGGCGGCCGAGGGGCGGGGGGUGUUGUUCCCCCCCCUCCCCUCUCCUUAUGUGGGUGGGCGAGCUCGAAUGGGUAGAGAGAGAGAAGGCCCAUGCCGCGCUGCAACAGGGCGUCGUCCUGUUGUUUAGUUUAGGUUAGGAUGAACCUCUCGUGAUAUGCGAGUCAAAUUCAUGUCCUUAGCUCGUAGGCUAGGUUGUGAAAUGGCCGUACCUCAAGUGUCCAUUCUCGAUGCGAGUUUUACCUAAUUCGGUGUUAUAAGACGGCGCUAGAGUGUGGUGUAGGACGGUCGCUCGGUGCACACGAGCGAACGAACGUACGCGUGUAUCAUAGUGACAACGAGGUGGGUAGGUGGAGGAAAGGCGGAGAGAUAAUUAAUCUGCUUAUUUAUUGUUCGUCUAGGUCGCAUAGGCAUCAUCAAAUUCGCAAGACAGUAAAAUGAGGGUGUCUGGUUGCUGAGAUUCCGUUGCGUUCCGUUUGGUGUGUUUUUGUUUUUUUUGUUUUCGAAAAACCAUCACUACUGUCACUCUUCUGAUAUUCGUCGGAUUCGUGGUGGAUGAGUGGAAGGUACAGCGAUCACAGAACUGUAUCCUUGUUCCUAACUCUCUGUGUGUCUGUGUGUGUGUGUGUGUGUGAGAGAGAGAGAGAGAGAGAGAGAGAGAGAGGGUUGGGGGGGGGAGUUGAGAAUUUGAAGCCUUCCUCAUGGGAAGCGCAGGAAACGAAGAGUGGACUCCCUGGCCCUCUCCCUCGGGCCUCUUUCCAGCCUCCUCCCUUUCGUGUUUUUCUCGUUCUGCUUCUUAACUUUCCCUCUUGACUACUACUCUUUCUCUCUCACGUCUGCUCGCUUUUGACUUUCCCCUGUACUCUCUCUCUCUCUCUGUGUGUGUCUCUCUUCUUACGUUCUUUCGUACACGAAUGCGUGUACGCCCCUUUGUCU